AAAAAGAAAUACUAAGUAAUUGAAUAAAAACGAUAAUUUUAGUAAAUACUAAAUACGAUGAUAUCCCGCAGAAAUGCGAUUUUUUUGGUUACGGCAGUUAGCUUUUUAAAAAGCCACCGACACACAACUUAGGAUAUCAUAGUGGGAUCUCGGAGUUGAAGAUCAAAACAUCGGUCGGCUAGGUGGGCUGUUUUAAAAAUAUUGACUGGCCAGAACAAGACGCAACAACAUCGUAGAAAGUCCAAUCAUUUAUCGUUAUCAGAUUAACUUCAACAAUCAAAAUAAUAAUUAUCAGUUUUUUUAAUUGGAACAUUUUUAAAUACGUCAUUUGUAAAAUUAAUAAUAUUAGUUAUAAUAGUUACAGUUUAUUGCCGCCCAGUCGCAUUCUCUUGUGGGACGGAGUGUAGAAAUUAAUUACUUAAAUACUUAUAUCAGGUAUCUAAAUUAGUAUUUACGAUUUUCCAGCUUGAGAUUUGGCCAAUUUGUAUUCUUGUUUAUUAACUCGUACGCGAGUUAUGUAAAAAACUGACGUCUCAUACCUACCUAUCUGUCGACGCCUCCGCCAAUGUCCAUGUAGAUGAUCUUAAGUUCAGUGUCCCGUACAUUUUGCUGCAGAAUUAUAGUAAAUAUAUAUCAAUAUCAAUAUUUAAUAAUAUGAAAGCAAACUAUUCUCAGACUUAUUUUAUCUUACCACCUUUGAAAUGGUUAAAUGAGAAGAGGAAGACACAACAAUUUGUUUAUAAUUUGGCCAUUCAGAAAAAUAGAUUUAAUAUUUAAAUAGUGAAUAUAACAAUUUGGUUAGCCGUUUUAAUUUUAAUUAUGGAUGAUGAUAACUGUCUUCAAUUGAAUGAUGAUCCAAUUCAGUUUGUUCCUGCAAGUGUAAGCAAAACAACAAAUGUGUUUUACGAUGAGAUAACUGGACAGAUAAUUACUGUUCAUUCUGGUGAAUUGACUGAAAUAAUUGUAACUUCUAGUACUCGUUGUAGAGAAAAUAUGGUGUUUAAAAUAGAAGACCGGGGACCAGUAUCUUCAAUAAAAAUGUCCUUAGACUGUAAAAUAUUAACAAUGAUGAGAACAGCAUUAUCUGUGGAAUUAAUGGAUAUUAAAGAAAAUACAUUACAAAGUCCUUAUUUUUUGUAUUGUAAAUUCAAAGGUGCCAAAUUGUUGGGCUUUAUAUGGACUGGUAACAACGAAAUACUAUUAAUUAGUGAUAAAGGUGUAGAAUUAUACCAGAUUGAAGGCCAAGUACCUAAGCAACGCAUAGUUUUUUCAAAAUCUAUCAAUUUGCAUGUGAAUUGGUUUAUUUACUCAAAUCACUCAAAAAUAUUACUACUGUCUAUGAAUUCUUUUGGAGAUUUCCAACCCCUUCAUAUUUUACCUGGAAAUAUAAACAAACUGACAAAAUUAGAAGUUGAUUUAGAUAUUUCUCUUAAUAUACCAAAUCAAUCAAUUAGUGAACGAAAUAUUGUAAUGACAACUGUGUAUAACACACUCAGGAUAUUAGUUUUACCAACAAGUCAAAGUCGCAAUGAAAUAAUAGUUUAUACAUUAAACAAAAUGAUGAUGUUUAAAAAAUCACAUAUUUUACGAUUGACACACAAUGGUAAAUUGUUGAUUAAUGUAGUUGAUAAUUUGAUUGUCGUUCAUUACCAACAAACAAAGUCUUCUUCUGUAUUCGACAUAUAUAUGGAAGCUGCAAAAGAACAUACAAUAUCACAUUAUUUACCUAUCUUAGAUGAUCUAUCAAUUAAAAGAACAGUUCCAAGAGAAGGAGGAUCACAUUAUGUUUCUCAUCUAUGUAUCCUUUUUAUAAUUAAAAUAUCAAGCAAUAUGAAAUUUAAUUAUAUUCACUAUAUCCUUAAGUUUUAAUGCAAAAUAAAUAUU